AUGCGAGCCCCGCAACUGGAAGGGGUCCCUUGCGGGCAGGGGCAGCUCGCCUGGGCGAGGUGUGCUUUGGAGGUGCGGGCAUGGCUUCGGCGCCUGAUCGACGAGGGCGAGGCGCGCGCCCAGGAGGCGGGCGCCCAGGCAGCAACGGAGCUCCUGGAGCGGGGCGGGGCUCUGGCGCUGCUCUUCCUGGCGCGCCAAGCGAAAGCGAGGCUCAGGCGGAGGUCUUUGGAGAGCGAGGCUGAGGCGGCUGAGGCGGAGUCUGAGGCAGAGUCUGAGGCUUCUGAAGCGCUCAGAGACCUGCGGCUCUUGGCUUUCUUGCUUCAGAAGCAGGCGCUCCGGUUCCGGACGCGGGCGGCGACGGCGGCGAGUGUGGAGUCCGCCUCCGAGGACUGGCGCUGGGUCCUCGCAGCGACGCUGAGGCCAUGGCUGUGUGAGGAGUGGUGUUCUCCACGUGUGGAAGUGGUGGAUUAUCGGCCCUGUUGUGGCACCGGCGGGCUCCUCUUGGCAUCCGACUCCGAUUGCGACCACUCCCAGCUCCGAGCGGUGCUGGACAUCGUCGUGUCCGCACCCGCAUUGUCGGCUGAGACGGAGCCUGAGCUCGGCCGGCAGCGUGUGGUUCAUCGAGGGCCUUGGCAUGGCUUCCGACCAACAGAGGGCGGUUGGCAUGCCUCAUUCGGCCCUCCAGGCAGCGCGCUCCACCGCUGGGAGGAGGUCACUGCGGCAGGCCUGGCGGUGCUGGCGGCGGCGUACAGUGCGACGAGCAUGAGCAGGGAUGGGCGCGACCCAACGCCGCUGCCCUUGCUGUGCUAUGGUGUAGGAGAUGGGCUCCUUUGCACCUUCCUCGCACAGCAUGCCCCAGAAGUGCGGGUGGAAGUUUUGGAGCCGGAGGUUGUCGCCUUGGAGUUGGCCGAGCGACACUUCGGCCUGCGGCUGGCGGGCAACAGCGGCCGUGGAACCCACGUCGUUCUGGGCCUGGAAGGCCAAGGAUCGCCGGGACGAAGUUUGGGAGAAACUGACGCUAGCGGCUCCUUCCGCUAUGCAGCGGUGGUGGCCUUGGGGCGGGGUGUGGCCAAACCAGACUGGGAGCCACUGCGGCGGCGCUGCGAAGCCUGGGAGGUGCCAGCGAUCCUGCUCGAGGCGCCCUGCGGCGUGGGAGAGGCCUUGCGCGACGCCUUUGCCGGCUUCAGAGUCCUUGAGCUGCAGGACCUUGAGAGCUGCGACGAGUGCGAGGAGCGCGACCAGACGACUGAUGAGACCUCCAUCUUCCUCCUCACACGAGGACGAGGAGCCGGUUUCGGAGUCGAUCCCGGGAGCCAAAAGAAGCGGAAGCAGAAGGAGACCGAUCCGCCGGAGGCCGGCGUGUGGCCAGGCGAAGGGAGGCCUCCCGCCUCCUUCCUGGAUGUGCUCUCGCCGAAGCGCUGGUUCGACUUGCUGCUGGCGAGGGGAGGGGUCCGAGGCGGCGCACCUGAUGUGCUCGAUGCGCAGAGAAGUCAGGUGGUGUCGGCGGGCUUCCUCUCUGCGGAGACGCUGGGAUUCCUGGAGCGCCUCGCGGCAAGGGCCGCUGGGGAGGGCUGCGGCCGCGCAGUGCGCUCGGCGCAGUCCGAGGCUUGGCAGGUCACGUUUCUUCAGACCCGUGGCUUCUUCGCGCGAGAAGCUCCGGAGCUGCUGGAGAGCUUGGCUGAGAUGGCGAGGUCUGUGGGGCUCCGCGAGCACUGGCUGACUGUCGGCCAGGCGGAGCGGAUGAAGGCGAGAGUCGUGGAGUGGCAUGACCAGGAGGCGCCUGGACCGGGCAUCCCGGAUCCUCGGCACUACGACAUGGAUAGCCUUGUGACUCUGGAUGUCCUUUGCGCGGAGCCCAAAGAAGACUUCGAGGGCGGUGAGCUGCGCACCUUGGAAACCGACGGGAGCCUCAAGGAGCAGAGCUUCGGCUUCCUCGAGGUGCUCGUCUUCCAGGCCCACAAGUACCACAUGGUGGCCCCGGUGACGCGGGGCCGGCGCCGGGCCCUGGUGCUGGAGUUCUGGGAUGGGCCAGCACGCGCCUGCCCUCACCGGUGCAUCAGCUUCGAAGAGCGCUGCCCCUUGGAGCCCGAAGGCGAAGCGGAGAAAAGCCUUUGGAAGGCGCUUCCGGCCGGGACGAAGAGGGAGAACACGAAGAGAGGGGGAAAGUACGAGGGAUUGGUCUGGAUAAUUCAGCUCGAGAUGCCGUUGCUCAGCCUGGCCAACAUCACCCUCUCGAGCGCGCGGCACGUGAGCAUCGCUCCUCACGAGCCAGGCGGCGGUGCCAAUCCCGUGGAGGGGCGGCGCUCCUGGCGGUUUCGCAACACAGGCGCGCGGAUCAAGGGUCCCAUUGCCACGUUCCCAGAGGCAGUGGAUGUUGGUGUUGGUGACAUCGGCUUGUUCCAGGACGGAAGCCUUGAUUGA